AUGGACGACGACGACCUGGCGCUUGCUCUUCGCCUCCAGGAGGAAGAGCAGAGCCGCCACCCGCCGGCUCCCGCGGGGGAAGAGGACGAAGCGUAUGCCCGGCAGCUUCAGCGGGAGGAGGAGGAGGCUAGAGCCGGCGGCGGCAGCGACGACGCGGCGCUAGCGGAGCGGCUUCAAACGGAGGAGGCGGAGACUUCGCUGGCGGAGCGGAUACGGGCUGGUGACGAGGCGCUGGCAAGGCGGUUUGAGGGAGAGGAGCGGAGGCUGCAGCUGGUCGCUGCGCGGCUCGGUGGCGUUGGCGUUGGCGUGGCAAUCGAUUGCGAUGCGGACGUCGCCCUGGCGUGGCAGCUGCACGAGGAAGAGGAGCGGGCGGCGGCCCUCCGCCGCGGCGGUGACGAUGGAGAGAGCGACGCGGCGCUGGCCCGCGAGCUUGGGGCGGUCGAGCUGGACCAGCAGCACGGCGGAGGGGUCUGGUACUCCAAGCAUGGCGCCGCAACAGUGGCGGAGCGGGCGGCGCCGCAGAGGGCCCGGCGAGCGAGGCAGAUUGUCUCGUUCCGCCAGGACGGCUCCUUCCGCCCGUCGGCGCUGCGCGCGUGCGUCGAAUUCUUCGCACGUGAGGGCGUCCCGGAGGCGAGGAGUGGCGCGGCGCUCUCCGCCGCGAGGCCGGCUGGCGCUGCUCUCACACCCCGCCCUGUGCCUGUCGUUGAGGCGCGCGUGGUGGUGACGCUCUCAGAGACGCACUGGCAGACCGUCGUCGCGGACGCAUGGGGCAAGUCGCUCGACGCACGCGAGGGCGUCGCGUGGACGCCGACGGGGACGGACGACGACCUCUUCACCAUCCAGCUGGCGGCGUCGUCGGGCGCGUGGGUUGUGACAAACGACCGGUUUGAAAACCACCCAGCUUGGGCGGCGCCGGUUCGAGGCCGGCUGGUGCGCUUCGCCUUCGCCGGCGCGAGCCUCUUUGUGCCGGCUGCAGACGACCUGGACCGCUUCCGGCAGGCGGCCAGCGUGGCUGCGCCGCGCCAUCGGCACGCGCGUUGA